ACUCUGCAGAUGGAAAAAAUAAAGGCACGACUGAAAGCAGAAUUUGAAGCUCUGGAGUCUGAGGAGAGGCACCUGAAAGAAUACAAGCAGGAAAUGGACCUGCUGCUGCAAGAGAAGAUGGCGCACGUGGAGGAGCUGCGACUGAUCCAUGCUGACAUUAAUGUGAUGGAGAAUACUAUCAAGCAGUCUGAGAAUGAUCUCAACAAGCUCUUGGAAUCUACUCGUCGCCUGCAUGAGGAAUACAAACCCCUGAAGGAGCAUGUAGAUGCUUUGCGAAUGACGCUGGGACUGCAGAGGCUGCCAGAUCUAUGUGAGGAGGAAGAGAAACUGUCUCUUGACUAUUUUGAAAAGCAGAAAGCGGAAUGGCAGACAGAACCACAGGAGCCUCCCAUCCCAGAGUCUCUGGCUGCUGCAGCAGCGGCUGCCCAACAGCUGCAAGUGGCUAGGAAACAAGAUACCAGACAGACAGCAACUUUCAGACAACAGCCACCUCCAAUGAAGGCGUGUUUAUCAUGUCACCAACAAAUUCAUCGGAAUGCGCCCAUAUGUCCACUCUGCAAAGCGAAGAGCCGAUCUCGGAAUCCUAAAAAGCCCAAGAGGAAACAGGAUGAAUGAAACCCAGAAGGUGGACAAGCAAACACGUGACCUGUUCCAGUACUCUUCCAGCAGAACUGCAAAUGUGGCCAGACUUUACUGAAGUGCAGACUCAAGUAUGACCCACCCGUUGUUUUCUGUUUCAUGCAAUGUAAGCACAAUGUCCCUGUUCUGUCUUAAUUUCCUUCCAGUCUUUAUGAUUUGGUUUUAGGAAAGUAAGUAUUACUGGUGCUACAGUUUAACAUUUCAAUCAUUCCACCUUUUGGACUCCUAAACCAAGUAGAAUGCUUUGCAAGUAUUCUAAACGUCAGGCUAUUCCUACUGGCCAAAUGUGAUUACCAGAAAUGCUUUUAUAUUCUUUUUCUAAAAACAGAUGUUUCUAAAAGAUUAUUCUCUUUUCUACUGGUAACAGGAGACUAUUUGGAAUGCUGAAAAAACCGGCUGUCUGUUUGUUUCA